AUGACUGUCAAAAGCAAGGAAAGCUAUGAUUACUUUGCUGACAAGGUUAAUAUUGACCGUGGCGAACACCGGUUGGCAACUGUGCGCAUGUAUCUUACAGAUGUUGAAGAGGGUGGUGAAACAGUGUUCCCUUCAGCUGAGGACAUCAGCUUUUAUGGUGCUAGAGAAUUUGUUUUAGUGUCAAAAACCUUCCAGAUCAGGCUAAUAAUUUGCAAUCAGGAGCCUCCACGUCGUAAAGCUUAUGUUAGUCACGAAGACGGUUCUGAAUGUGCAAGAAACGGAAUUGCAGUGAAACCACGUAGAGGGGAUGCACUUCUUUUCUUCAGUCUACAUCCAACUGCUGUUCCAGACAUAAGCAGCCUUCACGCAGGGUGUCCUGUGAUUGAAGGUGAGAAAUGGUCUGCCACAAAGUGGAUUCAUGUGGACUCAUCGGACAAGAACGCAGAAGCUGGUGGGAAAUGCACUGAUCAGAAUGAAAGUUGUGAGGGGUGGGCAGCCCUUGGAGAACGCACCAAAAACACCGAGUACACGGUUGGGUCACUGGACCUUCCUGGACAUUGUAGGAGGAGUUGUAAGAUACAGCCAGCUUUCAUGAAAUGAAUGAAAUACAGAAAAUGCAUUUAGUAUAUGCGCUUCUAUAGUUCUUUGCUUCCUGUUUUUUGCCCUUUUUGAAGCUUAAGAUUUUAACGGGUGCUUGAGAGAAAAAGGUGUUUCGAUUUGGAAGAAGUGAAAUAUCCUCACUGUCUGUCUCCCUUUCGUUGGAUUCUUAUUCAUUUUCAACAAAUAUUAAUGUAUCUAUCUGUCCCAUUGGUGAAUCUUUUCUUGAGAAGUGACAAUUCAGUCUUGAAAAGACCAGUUUCGUGCUCAA